AUGGCUCAGAACAUGAAUUUCGAUCUCCCUCAGGAUCUAACCGAGUACAUUGGUUCUCUUGAUAAAUUUAUCAAGGACACGAUACUACCGUUGCAGCAUUCCAAUGAUAACAACCGGUUCUUCGACCACCGCAGAGAACACUCACGGACGGAUUGGGACAAUGGCGGUUUGCCGCGAAAAGAAUGGGAGGAGCUUCUCGUGCAAGCUCGAUCUUUAGCCGACAAGGCGGGUUUUUACCGCUUUGCCCUCCCUAAAAUAUACGGAGGACAAGCUAAACCAACCACAAACCUAUGGAUGUGCGCAAUUCGAUACCACCUAUCUUCCCAUCCCAUCUACGGCGGCGGCGUCUCGCUGGCAAAUGACUUGCAAAAUGAGCACAGCGUGGUGGGUAACUUCCCAGACGUGCUCAUGCUCCAUCAUUUUGGAAACGAAGAGCAACGCCAGGCGCACAUUGCUGCAAGGUUACAAGGUCGAUUUCGCGCAACGUUUGGAUUGACGGAGCCCAAGCACGGAAGCGAUGCCACAUUCAUGGAAACUAAAGCCCGUCCCGCUCGUGGAGAAUAUCCACCAGGCUCCGGAGCAAUGGUUGACGGAUUCAUCCUCGACGGGGCAAAGAAAUGGCAAACCGGUGCGCAUCAUUGCACUCAUAUGAUUAUCUUUGCACGUACUUCGGGCAAGUCGGGUUCAUCGCGCGGGAUCACUGCAUUUUUAGUCCCAAAAGGCACUCCUGGCGUCGAGGUCGUUAGCUAUGAAUGGACGUUUAACAUGCCUACCGAUCAUGCCACAAUUGCCGUGAACUCUGCAUUUGUCCCGCGGUCCGCUGUUCUAGGUGAAGUAGACGCGGGCCUCGCCAUUGCGCAGACGUUUGUUCACGAGAAUAGAAUCCGCCAAGCAGCAUCCUCUUGCGGCGCAGCAAAAUUCUGCCUUGAUCGGUCAAUCGAGUAUGCUCGUUCCAGGAACGUUUUUGGAAAAGCGUUGGCAGAUAACCAAGCAAUUCAAUUCCAAGUGGUUGAGCUCAUGACUCAAGUAGAGAUGUUACGGCUUCUCAUUCUUCGAACUGGCUGGGAAAUGGACAAGAUAGUCGCAGAAUGUGGAGGUCAAACCGAUAAACCUGUUGCACCCGGGGGCAAGAAGCCAUGGGUUGAAAUUGAAAAAAGACUGAGCGAUAAAGUCGCGAUGUGCAAUUACUGGGCAAAUCGUCUCUGUUGUCAAGCAGCUGACCGAGCCAUGCAGAUCCACGGUGGUAAUGGCUACUCCCGGCACCAGCCUUUCGAGCAUAUCUACCGACAUUUUCGACGAUAUCGUAUUACCGAAGGAUCCGAGGAGAUCCAAAUGCGUAAAAUCGCGGCGUACAUUUUCGGUUUUUCGGGGCCGAAAAGAGUGGAGUUCGAAGAUCAGAAGUCGAAACUUUAG